GGAAAGAAAAUAACUCCAGUAAGGUUGUACAAGUUGUUUAGACUUCGUAUUAGGGUGGUAGGCCGGCUUCACUGUCUACCUUCGUUUAAGUGCAUUUGUUGCUCCAGAAUGUUUGCAGUAAGGGGAAUAUUACGACUUGCACAAAGAUUAUCAAAUGCCACUGCCUCACGACGUGGAUGUGCUGGCGCUAUUCCUGUGGAUGACAUCGUAAACGGUCUUACAGAUGAACAAAUUCAGCUCAGACAUACAGUAAAGAGAUUCUGUCAGGAAAAGCUAGCCCCCUAUGCUGAUGAAAUUGACAAGGCAAACGAGUUCCCACGUAUGAGGGAGUUUUGGAAGGAAGCAGGAGAACUUGGACUCCUUGGCAUCACAGCUCCAGUGGAGUAUGGAGGCACGGGACUGGGCUAUCUUGAUCAUGUGAUUGUGAUGGAGGAGAUAUCUCGCGUAUCAGGAGCUAUUGCGCUUAGCUAUGGCGCACAUUCUAACCUUUGUGUCAAUCAAAUGGUGCGCCAUGGCAACCAGAAGCAAAAAGAGAAGUACCUACCAAAGCUGGUUACAGGAGAACAUGUGGGUGCCUUGGCAAUGAGUGAGUCCAACUCAGGCUCCGAUGUAGUGUCCAUGAAACUAACUGCAAGGAAAGAGGGUGACCAUUAUGUGUUAAAUGGUAAUAAAUUCUGGAUUACUAACGGACCAGAUGCAGACGUCCUCAUCGUGUAUGGGAAGACAAACCCAGAGGCAGCCGCCCGCGGCAUCACUGCUUUCAUUAUAGAAAAGGGAAUGCCUGGUUUCAGCACAGCACAGAAGCUGGAUAAGUUUGGAAUGAGAGGCUCCAACACCUGUGAAAUAAUCUUUGAGGACUGCAAGGUUCCAGAGCAGAAUAUGUUGGGCCCAGUGAACAAAGGCGUGUACGUCUUGAUGAGUGGUCUUGAUCUAGAGAGGCUGGUGCUUUCAGCUGGACCCAUUGGCAUUAUGCAAGCUGUGCUUGACCAUGCAAUUCCCUAUCUGCACAUUCGAGAAGCCUUUGGACAAAAGAUUGGCCACUUCCAGCUCAUGCAAGGAAAGAUGGCUGACAUGUACACUCGGCUUAGUUCAUCCCGGCAGUACUUGUACAACGUUGCCCGUGCUUGUGACAAGGGCCACUUCAGUUCCAUGGACUGUGCUGGGGUAAUCCUUUAUUGUGCUGAGAAUGCAACUCAAGUUGCUUUGGAUGGGAUUCAGUGCUUGGGUGGAAAUGGUUACAUUAAUGACUACCCAAUGGGCCGCUUCCUCAGGGAUGCUAAGCUCUAUGAGAUUGGCGCAGGCACCAGUGAGGUCAGGAGGAUGGUCAUCGGCAGGUCCUUCAAUGCCAUGUUUAAGUAGGGCCGCACCUGAGAAGGAAGCUACAAGGUCAUCAGUGACUGUGCUCUGAAUACUGUGAAGAGAUCAAACAAUCAUAUUUCCAGAAGAUUUAGAUAAAGGACUCCGUUGGUGUCAGCCAAAUGAUUUCAGGGUACAGUAGUGGUGGAUUACAAUUGAUAAUUUACUAGAAUGCAUAGCAUCAGAUUAGGUACAGCUAUAGAGUAAAUCUACCUAAUAAAGUGAUCAUUCAGUGUUUCUCACCAUCCUCAUAUGGUCAGCAUUUUAGUAAUUUCUGUUUGUAUAGGAGACAAAGACAGAGCACAUAUUGUCAAAAAUAUGUUUAAGCCACUCUGGAUAAGAGCGUCUGGCAAAUUCCAUAAAUGCAAACGUCUACUGGCUCCUACUAGUAGAUGUCAAAAUCCAUUUUUUGCUGCAUUUUAUUAUUUUCUCUUUCGCCAAUGCCAUUUUCUUUAUGUAGUUUGGUGACAUUAAGUAAUUAGGUAUGAGGAUGUAUUCUCCAUCCAUUAAUUCUCUACUGUUUCUCUUGUUGUCAUCUUUCUGUGUUUUCACUUUCACUGUAUGACAUCCUUUCUAAAGUUUAAUUUGCUCGCAUCUCAGUUCUAAUGCUUUACACUAGCACUUUUGCCUUCAUUACUCUCUUACCCACCCUAACCAAGCACAGCAGUCUGCUGUGUGUUUAUAGAUAAUGUAUAAAUUAAACUUCUAGGCAAGCAAUUUGCUAAGUAAAAAAUCUUGAAUUAACGUAAAUAAUAGAUAGAAACAAGUUAAAGGGUAUCUUAUAAAGUUCGCCAGUAAUCCUUUUUUUAUGAAACGGAUACAAUGACAUCUUGUUUAAAAAUGAAUAAAACUUUAUUAACCUUCUA